GGAGGAGAAGAUGGAUUGUGCUACAGCCUCAGCCAAGGGUGGGAGGGAGAAGACCACAGUCAUCGUACAAGAACAGGCGGAGAGGGUGGCGGGUUGUGAUCCGGUGCAGAAAGAAGCGGUGAUGCGGGAGAGAGACGCGGCGGCGCGGGAGAGAGACGCGGCGAUGCGGGAGAGAGAGGAGAUGCAGUACAACGCGGAGAUGCACAAGCGGGAAGCUCAAGACGCUGUGGGGCGGGAGAAAGAUGCCCGAGUCGCCGCGAUACGGGAGAAAGACGCGGCGCAUCCGCGAUACGGGAGAAAGACGCGGCGACGCGGAAGAAAGAGGAGAUGCAGCACGUCCCGGAGGUGAACAAGCGAGAAGCUCAUGACGCCCGCGUCGCCGCGGCGCGGGAGAAAGACGCCAGAGUCGCCGCGGCGAGGGAGAAAGAGGAGGUGCAACACGUGGCGGAGGGGAACAAGCGAGAAGCUCUCGACGCGGCGGCACGGUAGAGAGACGCCCGAGUCGCGGCGACGCGGGAGAAAGACGCCAGAGUCGCCGCGGAGAGGGAGAAAGAGGAGAUGCAGCACUUCAAGGAAUAUAUCUCCAACCAAUUUCAUCAAUUCUGCUAUGAAAUAUUCAAUGUUAUAAUUUAUAUAAUUAUAUUUCGAUCCAAA